AUGGAGUUUCUGAAGAACCGUGUGAUGAAGGUGUGCGGCAUCUUGUGUCCGGACAAAAAGCAGAUGUUGGCAAAUGUAAGCCUGAAGAAGUUUGUGGUAGCAUGCUUCUGCAAGGACAGAUGUUCUGAUUCAAAAAGAGGCCAUUAUCAUUGCCCACUCUGCAAUUACCAACUGCUAUCAAGACUGGAAACAUUCAAAUAUCACAUGCAGAGAAUACACGUGUUUCUGCUCUUCAGUGUUUCUGAAAGCAAGGAACCCUCCCAAGAGAAGCUGUCAUGUCAACACUGUGGCACUUCUUUCAGUACAUUCAGCAAUUUAAGAAAGCACUUACGACAAGUGCACAAUAUAAAUACCUUACCAAUGGUGUACAUUGACAGCAAAAAUGGUAUUUAUGUAACACCUAGAUUUGAGCAUGGUCCUUUGUUCCCUAUUCAUGUCAUUAAAUCUACAAACACACCAACAAUUGACUUUUCUGUCUUCACUAACACAAUAGACAAUUGGUGCAAAUUUGGUCGCACAAGGGUCAGUUUUGACUUUGUGUCUGGGAAAUGGAACUGUCAAUGUAGAGGGACCACACGCUCACACGGAUGCAUUCACCGUAUGCUGGCAACAUGGUGGAUAUUUCAGGAGUCCCCACAACUUCUGUUGCACAGCACAGACGUGCAUUCAGACGACACUGAAGAUCUUGAAACAGAGCUCCACGAAACACAGCGUGACUUCAGUAAUUAUGCUUGCAGUGAAGACAAAGUAUUCAAAUGACAGAAUAUUUACAUUUCACCAAGAAAAUUCCACCACCACAAGAAAUAGGGAAAAGAAACCCCCUAACUGCUUCAUACCUGAAGAAAAAAAAAUGUCCAUACUGUCCUGGACCCACACCUCCAGACCUCCUUCAGCAAGAGGUUAUCACAACUCAGGCCACAGUUUAUGGAUACAGUUGCGUACAAAAAGGCAAGUGAUGUUUCUAUAAAUAUUUCUGUCAACAGCUUUACUUUCUAUAUUAAGUUACACAAAGGAAAUCUUUCAAAGUGUUUCACCAGCGGCUUGUUUUCAUUUAAUCAAAAUCUAUUCUGUCUACAGGUGUCUCUGUUGCUGUCAAGCAGUGCCCAGUGUGCAAAUGCUACGUACGAUUUCAGGAAUACAAGUCAGGCUUUCACAGUUUCAGUGACCGUGUAAUCCUGACCCUGCCUUUGUGUCAACUCCUUCUAUCAGCAUUGGCAAAUAAAACAGCUCCAGGGUGCAUGCUGUCAACUUUGUCAUUCUUCAAUGACAAUCGCUUCCAUCACCAGACUGUAAGAAAAGCUUUCUACCAUUUCCUCUCCCUGAUUGAAUUUAAGUUCAAGUUCAGCUGUGCCCAGUGUGGUGACUGGUCAUUAAUGCUGAUGC